UUUCGGUUGCCUAGGAGACACCUCAUGGAUAUCACUGCCUGGAUGACCAACCACACUGGACAGUCAGACUUCAUCCUGGUGGGACUCUUCCGUCAAUCCAAACACCCCGUGCUGCUUGGCGUCGUCAUUUUUGUGGUUUUCCUGAUGGCCCUGACUGGGAAUGCCCUCCUGAUCCUCCUGAUACACUCCGACACCCACCUCCACACCCCCAUGUACUUUUUCAUCAGCCAGUUGUCUCUCAUGGACAUGAUGUACAUUUCUGUCACUGUGCCCAAGAUGCUCAUGGACCAGGUCCUGGGGAGCCAUGAGAUCUCAGCUGCUGGAUGUGGGAUGCAGAUGUUCCUGUACUUGAUACUAGGAGGUUCAGAAUAUUUUCUUCUGGCCGCCAUGUCCUAUGACCGCUACGUGGCCAUCUGCCAUCCACUCCGUUACGCCGUCCUUAUGAACCGCAGGGUCUGUCUCCUCCUGGCAUCUGUCUGCUGGCUCUUGGGAUCAGUGGAUGGCUUCAUGCUCACCCCUAUCACCAUGACCUUCCCCUUCUGUGGAUCCAGGGAGAUCCACCACUUCUUCUGUGAGGUCCCUGCUGUAACGAAGCUCUCCUGCUCAGACACCUCGCUCUACGAGACCCUCAUGUACCUGUGCUGUGUGCUCAUGCUUGUCAUCCCUGUCACAGUCAUCUCAAGUUCCUAUUCGUCCAUCCUCCUCACUGUCCACAGGAUGAACUCUGCAGAGGGCAGGAAGAAGGCCCUCGCCACCUGCUCCUCCCACAUGACCGUGGUCACCCUCUUCUAUGGUGCCGCUGUCUACACCUACAUGCUCCCUGCCUCCUUCCACACCCCUGAGAAGGACAUGGUGGUGUCUGUGUUUUACACAAUACUCACUCCUCUCUUAAAUCCUCUGAUCUAUAGUCUCAGGAAUAAGAAUGUCACAGGGGCUCUGAAGAGAAUGUCGGGUGUGAGUCCUCUCUUUCAGGAAACAAUGAAGUAGGGAAUUGGGUAGGAAUCUGUCCUUUUCUCUCUGCA